UUUCCACUCCCCCUUACUAUCAUACACUUUCUACAACUUCAUUCUCAUCCUAUACAAUGUCAGUCAUCACAGCAAUCACUAUGACGCACGACCCAUUACUUGCAACCAACGAACUGGAGCUGGUCUCCUCAGGUGGUUCGUCCACUGUAAAAACGCCCUUUGUCAAUCUUGACCUAACCUCACGGAGUAAAAUUGUCAUUCGUCCUCGUUGCAAAGAGUACGCAUUGAAGCAACGCACUGCCCGCCGGACCCUGGCAUGUUUUACGUCUGUCAAUUCACAUGUGGAGCACACGGAAACAGAGUGGCAGAACUCCUUUACGAAGGAACGAUCGGAAGAGGGGACGAAGGAGGGGCCUUCAAGUCCGAAGAAUUCCAAGGUCGCAGAAGGGCGCGUCGAUAAGCCGACAAAAGCAAGCCUUCCUAGAGUUACCCAGAACUUGCCGCCGCCAGCGCCGGUGCCAACUCCCACAAGUUCAACCUACGCCGAAGAAAUCGCAAAGUGUGGCUGCACAACAACCAAUGGAAGCGAGGAGUGUAAACGAUGCAGGAUAUUGAGACUUGCCGACCGUUUCUGCUCCGUUGUGACAGCGCAGUGCGAAAAAUGGAAUCUGGAAUCGUCGCAGUCAGGUCGGGGAAACCCUUUUUGAGCAAUACACUGUAAAUAAUCGUGUUAGUACUUUGAGCACAUACUAUCAUCUUAUCGACGAA